UGUGUGUGUGUGUGUGUUUACAAGUGUCCGUCCCUCAGAACCAGAACACUGAACUGAUCCACACAGAGAAGAAGCUGAAGAUUGACUGAAUAGCUUGUGAGGGUCAGGAGUACGGGAGCCUGUGAGGUCACGAUGCUGCAGCUGUGUAAAAUCACAAAUGCUCUGUUCAUUAGUAACGCCCGCUCCGCCUGCAGUGACCAGCUUAUCCAGCAGGAGGCGGUGACACUCUGCAUCAACGUGUCCAAGCAGCAGCCGUUUCCGUCUGCCGCCGUCGCCAAACUGCAGGUGCCCGUCUACGACGACCCCAGCGAGGACCUCUACGGCCACUUUGACCUCUGCGCCGACGCCAUCCAGGGGGAGGAGGAGGUCGGAGGUCGCAGCGUCGUCUACUGCAAGAACGGACGCAGCCGCUCGGCUGCCGUCUGCAUCGCCUACCUGAUGAAGCACGGCAGACUGUCGCUGACGGACGCCAUACAGGUGAGGUCAGAGAAAGUGAAGACAGCUCGUCACGUAAUUGACCCGAACCCAGGAUUCAUGAUUCAGCUGCAGAGAUUUGAAGAGGUUCUGAAGAGAAGACACACACACACACACACACACACUGACACACACACUCUGACACACAUUGACAUACACACACACUCUGACACACAUUGACAUACACACACACACAUAUAUACUAUAGGCAUAUGUGGUUUCUGAGGUCAACAUGUUUUUCAGUGAUUUAUGGGGUAACAUGUUUUCACACAUUUUAUUUCAUCCUAUCAGCUUGAAAGUCACUUUAAAAAUGUUCAUUUGAGCCCCAGAAAACAAAUCUAAAAUUUAAAAAAUGAUUUCCCUUUCAGAACAUGUAUAAACUCAAUAUGUGACAUAUGACUGAUUUAUAGGGUCGAUCACAAAUUAUGGCUUAUGUGACUACCUGGGUUUAUGAGGUCAGUUUGCUUACAACACACAAAACUAGCCUCUUGGGGGUCUAAGGACUGACAAAUAUUACAAGGCCUAUACAAACAAUGUUAUUUUUAGCCUUUUUAAAGCUUACCACUAGGUGGAGACAGAACCUUCAUUUCUUUUCCUAUGUAAAACCAUCUUGUGAUUAUGUCUGUAGUAUGCUACACAUUGCCCUUCAAAAACAUGGAAUAUGAACAAAAUAUACUGCAUUAGAAACAUUUGAAAAACAUCAAAAUGUUUAUUGAUUAUCAAUUUAUGCAACUGACAGAACAUUCACAUUUGCAUAAUAUCUGAGCAACUUCUGUGCAACUGACAAAUAAUUGAAAUUUGUGCUGGACAGUAUAACUGUUCAUAUCAAACCUGGUACACUCCGCUCCCUCUCUCACUCGACCACUUGCCUAAUGCAAGCACACACUCUUACUUGCUCGAUGUGAGCACGUACACACACACACACACACUCAGCUCCCUCUCUCACUCAACCACACACACUCUGGAUAACUCAUGCAUAAAAACAUUGUUGCAUAUGUAAAAACUUUUGAAGGUUUGAACAAAUACUUUAAUAUAUGUGAUGGAAAUUAUGUACUUUAUGUUCAUUCAUAGUUCAUGAAGAGAAAUGUUCAAUGCAACUGUUUGAUGUGACUUGUGACCUGUGACCCUUUGUAUUGUUUUAAGACACAUGUAAGGUAUUGAAUAUAUACUCAAUGUUAUGUGAGUGAUUCCUUUAAGUACAGAAGGACAGGGUGAUACACACCCACAGAGGCAGAUAAAUACCAUGCGUUUCUCCUAAGACAGUGAGUCUUCACUUUGUAACAGGCCUGUGUGUUGCUUUGUGAAUGCUCCUCUUGUACAAGAUUAAAGCUUUGUUUGGAUUUUGA